UUCAGCCAACGCGGCUGCCUGCCGCUAGCGCUCCUCAGCGCUGCGCCCGUGACGCCUGCAUAGCCAGCGCGGUGGACUGCGCCGAUUUCAACCCGCGCUGAUUUUCAAGUGCGCUGGCUCCGAUCCGGAUUGCGUCGGUCGACUCUCAAGAUCCCGGCAGCUGGUGUCCCGGCGGUAUAUACUCGGAGUUGCCUCCACUUGCUCUUGAAGAGAAAUCGACAGGACGAGUGUCGUGACUGGCUCGAGUGCGCGAGUCGUGGGGUUUCGUACACGAAGCAUUCUCCCUCCAUUUUUUUUUUCUUUUUUCUUUCACUCGUGGACGUUUGGAAACGAAAUCCACGGGAGAAGACUGUGUGACUGCGGGAUACCUUCACUUUUUUUUAUUUCUUGGCAACUCUUCCAUGGCGUGUACAGCGACACUGCGACCGAUCACAUUAUACUCCGGGGGCCCCUGAAAGAGACGGAGGACCGGACGCAGCAGCGGCAGUGAGACGUCGCCGUGGCGCGGCCUCGGCGACAGCAGCGUCGGCGCCAUGAGCAGCCUCUGCCGCUCGUCGCCGUUCUCGUCGCGCACCAAGAGCCUGCGCGAGAAGUUCGCCUCCAAACGCAGUUACUCCGAGUCUUUCAAGGACCCCCCGCCGGCAGCAGUCGGAUCAGCUACGAGCUCGGCGGCACAAGAUGCCUCCUCUACAAGUUCGCGGUCCCCGCCACGACCGGAGUCCGGGCCGGGCUACCUGAGUCACUGCAGUGGCAGCGCGGAUGCGGCCAGCGGCCUCGUGAUGCCGCCGUCCCUGCCCGGAUUUAUGCCUUCCUACACGGUCAUGCCCGAGGACGCCUACUGCAGCGCGCUCGACAUCAACUGCCAACAGGGAGACCCGAGGUUUCCGUGGCAGCGUGACGCGGCGGUGCAGUGCGACCUGCGAGGCUCCUCGCUGGUCAACUCCCGUUCCUCGACGCACAUCGACGGUGGCCGAUGCUCCCCGGGCCUGUCCUCGCUCAUCCGGCCGUCGUCGCCAGCCGCAGCGGCCAGGGCCGCCAUCUCCGGCAGCAGCGUCGGCGACAUCUUCAGCACCAGCGCGGCCGGCUCGCCUCCCACGCCGCCGCCGCGCCGAUCGACGCCGGCGCUGCAGCGCGCCCUGUCGCUGGAGCGGAGCGCGGCGCGCAAGAAGGGCGCUUCGUCCCUGCUGGCGGGACACGCCAGCGCGUCGGCCUCGCCCGGUUCCCAGCUGCCGCCAGCGCUCGAGGAAGGCGGCACCGCCAACGGCAGCGCUUCCGUCGCCGCCGGCAAUGCUGCCGCCCGCGCGGCUUCCUGUAGUCCGCAGCGGGCGCAGCAGCAGCAGCAGCAGCAGCCGCCGGUCAGCCCGGAUCCCAACGCUUCGCCCAAGUCUGGCCAGGCGUCGCCCGCCUUUACGAGGUCCUCUCCGGGCGAGACGACGCCUCCGCUGACGCGUCGGCCCAGCGCCGCCGAGCGCCGCAAGAUGUGCUUCGUGCGGAAGCAGACAAACUCGGCGCCAAACUCGAUGGACGAGGAGGUGCCGAGUCCGUCGUCGUCUUCGGUCUGCAGCGGCGGCGCCCCGUCCACGGCCUCGUCGUAUCUGUCGCGCAACACGUCGGUCGCCUCGGCGCCCAUGGGCUCGUCGUCCUGCGGCACCGGGUCGGACAGCAGGCCCGGGUACUUCAACUUCGAGUCCAUGCAGCGCCUCCUCGACCUGUCCAUGAAGGUGCCCGGCGAGCGCAAGUCCUUCUAUCUCGAUAUCCCGUCGCAGGAAGGGCUUGGAGCUUGCCGUGACGGCAAGGCAGCCUACCUCAGCCUGCCGUCACCCAACCUUCAGACGGAGGAGCAGGAGAGCAGCAUCGUGUUCAAGAAGCUGUCCAAGCCAGAGGAAGAAGAGGACGAGCAGGACGAGUUUGUCGAGCCGCCGGCCUCGGCUCUACACAGGAGGCAGGCGCUCGUCCCGCCAAAGAUGCUCACAGAUGGCUACGAAAGUUCUAGCGAGGACAUUUCCACGCAGGGAUCGGUGUCGAACGACCAGAACACGCAGAAGACGCGAAGGCGAAGCUCGAUCGUGGUGAUCCCGCCGAUGCAGAUCUGCCCGGGGGACCUGCUCGUCUACAGCAAAGUUCUCACGCACAGAAACAACCUCUUAGCAGAUAUCGACGGCUCAACCCAGUGCCUUGCAGUUUCAGAAGAUUCAUCAAGAAAAGCUAAAAAUACCUGGUCUCUGUUACGGCUGUUUGACAGGGCCAACAGGGCCAAGACCGAGUGCCUUGGCGGACUCGAAGAGGUCCUCAGCACGCUCAGGCCGUCCGAGUUCUGCGACGAACAGCUCGCCAAGUACAAGGGCAUGACGUGGGAUUCCUUCGUGGCGUCGCUGAAGAAGCGAGACGCCGGCAGCGAUGACGAGGACGAGGAUGAGUCGAGCAGCGGGGGCGCCGGCUCUCCCAGGAGCGGCGGCGCCACGUCGUCUUCGGCGACUGCCGCGUCGUAUACGAUCGCCGCCCCCGAAGGGGCGGGGUGUCUGUCGGUGCCCGGCGAAGCGGACCGGGGCAGCCCGACGGGUGACGCGAUGCAAAGCCAGUUCCUCCGCACCAUCAACCAGACCAUCCAGAAGAACGAGGCCAAGAAGAAGGAGGCACUGUGGGAACUUUUCCAGAGCGAGUGCAACUUCCUCGAGGACCACCUCAUGGUUCUCAAGAACGUGUUCAUGGAGCCACUGAAGAAGAUCCAAGUGGAAGGAUACGCCAUGUUCGCCGAGCCGGAAGUGCUCUUCGGAAACCUCGAUGAACUUUGUUGCGUCACCUACGCCUUUUGUAGAGAGUUUAUCAACUUUAUCCUGGCCAGCCACAACUCUGGGGAAUUUAGCACGACAGACGUCCUUAUUAGACUUUUCAAGAAGAGCACAAAGGCAGCGGCACUAAGACAAGCCUACCACAGAUACACGCUCAACUACAUAAAUGCGCUCAACUACUUGGAGACACUCAGGAGGCAAGUGGAAUUCAACGAGUUUGAAAAGUGGUGCGCCCGGGACCCGCGCUGCAAGAAGCUUCAGCUGACCGACCUGCUGGUGUCGCCGGUGCAGCACAUCAUGCGCGUCCCUCUCAUCCUCAAGGACAUCGAGAUGCGAACCGAGGACAUGGAGGAACGGGACUGCAUCACAGCCAUCCUCGAGACUGAGGAGAACUCGCUCCGAGAGCUCGACGACAAAAUGAAGUGGCUCAAGAACUUUGAGCGGCUGCUGGAGAUCCAGCGAAACAUAGUCUGGCCACCGGUGACCGAGCUAGACUCAAAACUCUACAUUCCUGAGUUCCUGAAAGUACCACUUUCAAAGCAACCAUGCGAAAGGCUAAUCGUCAGUCCUCGACGGCAAAUAAUCCUCGAGGGGCCACUACAGAUGCUCGAUACCUCCAAAAGCGGCUUUGAAGUUUACGUAGUCCUUUUUGAUGACAUGAUCCUAAUCACGAGAAAGAAGAAAGGACUGAGCAAAAAGAAAUCGUCGCUAAACCUCGACACAAAGCCCAGCCAGGACAAAAAGAACAAUGCAAUACAGGAUGGUGUCAAGUACAUAGUCUACAAGCAGCCUCUGUCCCUGGACCGCAUCUGCAUCCAUGAUGUCAGUGCACAGGAGGGUGCCGCACAAAACCUCAAGAAUGUAUUUGUAUUUGUCUGCUUAAAUCGGUUUCAACAGAUCAUCACAGUGCACACACUGCAAGCCUCAAAUGAAAGCACAAAGCUCACCUGGCUGACAAAACUCCGGGACACCGUAGACAGAUGGAAGAGGACACUGCAAAAUACAGUGUUCCGAAACCAGAGGAUACCAGCCAACAGUAGCGCACCGCCACCACCGAAGUAGGCACAAGACUCCCUCAGCCCGCUAUAGUGUGGGGCUUCAGACCAUGUGUACAUACACGAAAGGCACAAGUUUGGCUUGUGCCAUUUGCACCAGCAGACGUUAAAUGCACGAACUCCACAACCUGCACAACACAUCCUCAACGAUGUCAGGCCUGUGAGCAGUGGGCCACCGCAAAGUGUCUUGAGAACGUUCCUGACGCUGUUCCCCCACUAGAGGUAGCGAUCCAAGUGGCGCGGUUGUAACUGUCGCAGCUCCUGCUGCUCAAAGAAGCUGACAGGGGAAGCACAGUUCAAGUGUUUCUUACACAACUCCUGUCGAGACCAUAGCCUAGCAUAGCAGUUGCUCUACAAUUGUGUCUAACGCAUCCAGCUCCCAUCCGCAUUGGUUCUCUAUCAGAGGCACCUGCUAUGUUGCACACACCACCCAUCAAGCACUUGGUGUUGUCGUUUGUUUUGCGCAUGUGUAUAUAUAUAUGUGUAUGUAAGCAUGUAUAGUCUCACGCUCGGAGCAUCUGGAAGUAGGUGCGCAUCCGUGCAAGCUUUGUUUCCUGCUUUGUUUGUUAAAUUGAUUGAAAACUUUCUUGUGAAAGAACAGAGUGAGUGAACUGAGGGAGUGAAUCCUCUACCAUUCAAGGUGCACUGUUUCUUGGUCAUUUCAACAGAGAUUGUUUCCACCAAUGCCCGCAUACCAAGAAUACUUGGAGCAGGACGAUGCAGCACAUCAGACUUAGAAUGCAAGCAUAGCAAAAAUUGCUAAGUAACAUGUCUUCAGCAACACGAUUGAUGGCAAAACAUAGAAGAUACAUGGGAACAGUGCACUCAAAUGAAAUAAUAAUAUGAAGCACCUGUCCUUGUCCAUACUUGACCUUAACAGGAGAGUUGAGCAGGGGUCUGCUAGCAAAAUUCAGUAAUGCAGAUAUGAGCUGAGCUACAAAAAUGUUGUCAGGAAACAUACAACAGUGCCAAUUUAACUCGAUUUAACAGCGUCAAUGCCACACUGAAACAAAGUGACCAAAGAAGAAAUGAUGCAGAAUGAGUGUUCAUCAUUCGUGGGCAUAAGCACACUAUCUAACCCCCACCUGCACUUUCCUCGUACCAGUUUUGCCAUUUCACCCAUUUCAAACUUCCUUUAAAUUGUCAUUCUUGCGCAUGUUUUGAGAUUAGCUCAUUGCUCCUAUAUCAUAAAACAACACAACGGAUGUGAAAAGGCACGACAUACAGCAGCUCUACUUUGAGAUCUAUUUAUCCAUAUACUACUACGAGCCCAAAAAUACAGAUCAUCAUGAAAAUGAAUUGCACAAGACAAAAACUAGCAAGUGGAACAAUCGGCCAGUCGAAAAUAUUUUACAUGGCUUAUUCAUUCUGUUUUCCAUUUUGUAUUGUAUAAUGUGCCUUCGAAGUUAAACUUUUAAUUAACUUUAUUAAGGCCACAAUGCAAACUAUGCAAAUGUGGCUUUCACAGUCACUUUGUUCUCAUUGGUAGACGCACUGCACGGAAACCACAACAGGAGAGUCUACAAAAUCGUUAGAAUUCAUUCAUUAAAAAAAUUUUGCAUUUAUUGUCUACAUUUAUAUUAGAAAAGUGAAGACAGUUAUACCCUAAUGCAUGUUCAUUUUGUCCAAUUUUUCUGCAAAGUUCCUGCACCGGAAUAUUCCUCCAGAAUUUUGUCACCCAGUGUCAGCUAAUUACAAACCAUAAAAUGCAAACUGCAAAAUACAAUCUGGAAGUCACCCACUCUUGUCGUAACCAUACAGUAAAGGAACAACAGACUGAGAACAAACCUGAUCCUGCAAGUCGCUAAAUCAGCUCAUGCAGGCAAAAAGUGAUGCAAUGCUAACACAGUGUUGCACAGUUGCAUGCAGUAAAUAGACUUGCUGUCAUGCAAUAGCCUGGGCAUGGCAGAAGCUGUUCACCUGAUUUUGCAUUUUGUUCAAUGAUAUAUUGCCACGCCACAAUGUUAACGCAGCUGCAGGCAACUUCAUGAUUAAGCGAUUACCCACCACAUAGAUAUCACUUCAUAAGGACUAUCUUCGCAUUUGCAUCAAUACACAAACAAGAGCCAUAACGUUUUUUUACUGUCAAGCCUUCUAUAAAAACUAGCAGUGUAUGGCGUAGUUAAUUACCUCAGCUCCACUUUCCUGUUGUUAUGCUCGAAAUUCAGGGUAAGAGUGGGCAAGAGGACUUAGCUAACAGGCCACAAGUUAAAAAAAUCAACAUCUAAAAGUGAAAUAGCAAGUCCACCAGCUAUCUUCAACAUUAAACUAAAUUAUCACAAUGAGGACCCCUACAUGCAACACAAAAUUGGACUUCAUAGCAGAAAUCCAGUUCUCUGCAAUUGUAAAUUAUGAGGUUGAUUACAAAUCUAUGAACAAGCUAAUAAGGAUUUCUUUUCCUAUAUCUGGCACACACAGCCCUCUUUCCUUGUCUAUCAAACCAUAACAUCUGUAACUAGGCAAGGUUGUUAGAGUUCACUACUAAACUCCUUAUCAAGUCAACCCUAAAUGUAAUGCUGCUUGUUUUUCUGUGAGCAUUCAGCACCGACAUGAAUGAUGUCAGAAGAUUUGUAGCCCACCCACUGCUAUGAAUCUUGUGGUAUGCACGCAUAUGAGCAUAUAGAAGGAAACUAAAUGGAACACGGUGCCAUAGUCUAAAACACAAGCUCCUAAUCUGUGCUUCAUAUCACUACAACUGCGAAGUUCCGAAGCCAUCUUCCACUAGCAUGCAGCAAAUAAUGCUGAAUCAAUCCAGGACAUGUAGAAUGUUCCUGUACAGCUGUUAGGACAUGUAUAAGUGUCUUUUCGCAUUACUGGAAACAACCCCAUUUUUUCCUAGACAAUCCAGGCAAGCAACGAAAACCCAAAUGUUUUAUUAAACAUAUGAACCUAAAGACACAAUUUUGUAGCAAAAUUUCAAUGAAAACAAAUCAGCAGUAAGCAAAAAAAAUCUUGUUUUGCAGCUAUCAGAAUGAAAACACAGGUCAUUGUCUAGUAUGCACAGCAGACAAAAACAUCACAUGGAGCUGCUGGCUUGCACUGUAUUGGCAAUUUUCAUGCCAUAGGUUUGUAUGCAAGCCUCCAAACUUGAGUAGGCUAUAACAUCUGCUGUCACUUUGCUUUCAAUAUUCAAUUUCAAUUUCAAUAUUGUUUCUUUUUUAAGAAUUGAACUACACAGUAGGGUGGAACAAGGGAAGAGGAAAUGGUCUGACAUGACUGGACAAAUCAAUGGCCAAGAAGCAUGACUAUGGUUAGCAGUAUUUCCGAUCAAAUUAAUCAGAAAUGUACACCACCAUAAAUACUCGAGGAAUGUCACUCAUUAUGUUAUGUAUUACAGCGCAAAUGCUCCAACAGGUGAUGUCACAGUAGGAUAAAUCAAACACGAACACAAAGAAUACAAGGGCUUCGUGGCCAUCUAGAUUUCAUAUAAACAUGUAAUCAGUUUCUUUCCUACAAAAAUAAGGUGCUUGGCUUGUAGAAGUUCUAAUCAACAACCCUAUUAAGUCCCCUACUUCAAGUGCAAUCUUACAAUUUUGUUCUCCCAAUUUUAAUUUGAACACUGGAGUUUGAUCGCUAUGUGACAGAUAUCGCAUUUACCCAUAACUUGUCAGGCAGGACAGGCAUGGAGAAGUGUGCACAGACGUUGCACCUGCAAUCACAGCCAGUUGAAGAAUAGUUUGUGAGAGCUAGUUUUGUCUGUACAGCAUGUUCCACAUCCGAAGAUGAAACUCUGUGCGCCAACCUGCUGUCCUGAGUUUUUUUUCUCGACCCCUUUGUUACAUAUUUGUGCGUGAGUGGAUUGUGAUGACAAAGCCUGCUCCUGAGUACAGUUGUUUCCGGUAGAGGUUCGUAGGACAAUGGCAGUUUGUAACUUAAACACUUCUUUUU